AAGGAGGAUUGUAGGGGGGACCGCUUCUUUUUUCCCCGCAAAGUUGCGCCUCCUUUUUUCCCCCUCUCAGUCGGAAUGUGAGCUCCACACUGAGGACCUUUUUCUCUCGCUUUUCCUUCAAACCAUCCCCCUUCUUCUUCUUCUUCUUUUUUUUUUUUAAAUAAUCAUAAUUUCCACCCUAAGCUGCUGCGAGGAUGUGCAUGGAAGCCUGAGUCACACUUUGGAUUUCCAAGGGGGAGCGAGCGCUCAUUUUACGCACGUCUGGAGAGGCUUUUUCUAAACAACACGUCUGUUUUCUUGAAGCUUUUCAUGUAGGAGGCGCUAUCAGUGGUGAGUGAAGACCAGUCCUUAUUUGAGCCUCCGUACGCCGCCGCUGCCCCUCUCCCCAAGACAGACAUGACUGCAUCUGGCGCGCAGGACUACGGCCAGACUCACAAAAUCAACCCAUUACCCCCACAGCAGGAGUGGAUCAACCAGCCAGUGCGGGUCAAUGUCAAGAGAGAAUAUGAGCAUAUGAAUGGAUCCAGCAGGGAGUCUCCGGUGGACUGCAGCGUGGGUAAAUGCAAUAAGCUGGUAGGGAGCAACGAGACGUCCCAGAUGAACUACGGAAACUACAUGGACGAGAAGAACGCCCCUCCCCCCAACAUGACCACCAAUGAGCGAAGAGUCAUCGUACCGGCCGAUCCUUCAUUGUGGUCCCAGGACCACGUGCGCCAGUGGCUGGAGUGGGCCAUCAAGGAGUACGGCUUGUUGGAGAUCGACACGUCCCUGUUUCAGAACACGGACGGCAAGGAGUUGUGCAAGAUGAGCAAAGACGACUUCCUUCGGCUCACCACCAUGUACAACGCCGAGGUUCUUCUUUCUCAUCUCAAUUACCUCAGGGAAAGUAGUUCAUCAUUAUCCUACAACACACCAUCUCACACAGACCCAGCACCACGCCUGCCUGCCAAAGAAGACCCAACGUAUGAUGCUGUACGGCGGACGGGAUGGUCAAACAACAUGCACAGUGCCAAAGGCUCACCGGUGGUGACUCAGAAUGUAACCAAGACAGCCGAGCAGCCCAGAGCUCAGCCAGAUCCUUACCAGAUACUUGGUCCAACCAGUAGUCGCCUAGCCAAUCCAGGUUCAGGGCAGAUCCAACUUUGGCAGUUCCUCCUGGAGCUCUUGUCCGACAGCGCCAACGCCGGCUGCAUCACCUGGGAGGGCACCAACGGCGAGUUCAAGAUGACAGACCCAGACGAGGUGGCGCGGCGCUGGGGCGAGCGCAAGAGCAAGCCCAACAUGAACUACGACAAACUGAGCCGGGCGCUGCGCUACUACUACGACAAGAACAUCAUGACCAAGGUGCACGGCAAGCGCUACGCCUACAAGUUUGACUUCCACGGCAUCGCUCAGGCGCUGCAGCCGCACCCCACCGAGUCGUCCAUGUACAAGUACCCCUCGGACCUAGCCUACGUGCCUUCUUACCACACCCACCAGCAGAAGGUCAACUUUGUGUCCCCUCACCCGCCGUCCAUGCCGGUUACCUCCUCCAAUUUCUUCGGACCCACCGCUCCAUACUGGAGCUCGCCCACCGCUGGCAUCUACCCCAACCCCAACGUCCCGCGACACCCAAACGCCCACGUGCCUUCCCAUUUGGGCAGUUACUAUUAGACACCUCUAUCUAACCACCCACUAGCCAAGCCCGCCUUUGCUGAAGGCAACGAAGACGGAUGAUUAUUUUAUAUUUUUGAAGAAUAACUGGAUGCUACCAUCCAAAAAUGGAAUACUACUUACCUUUAGAAGACUUGAUGUUCUGGACAUUCAUCUUCCACAUCCUCCUGAAAGCUCUCCAAGUACUCCCAAGCCAAAGGUUAAGGACACUUGCCUCCUUCGGUCCCACGACCAGACAUGGCCCUUUAUUUACGGGUCUCAAUCUCCAUCCUCCUGAGUGCAUGAUGCUUUUAAGCAUCUGCUCUUUUCCACCAUCUACAACCUUGUCGGGGUUUGUUAUUCCCACCACAUCCACAACAAGCCUUCGUCCUCCCACCCCUGUCAUCUGUAUCAUUUUGUAUGUGUGUGUGUGUGUGUGUGUAGGGAGAGUGUUCUGGAAAUUGCUGGAAAAGAAGGAGCCCUCACACACACUGAAGACCUUUCUCGGCACUGAAUGAAAGUUGGCAACUGGAAUAUGCCAUUCACCAUUUAAUUUAUCCUCCAAACUGGAAGGCAACAGAGAAGGAGUGGAAUCGCAGAGAAGGAAGCGCUGUACGUCUGCUGAACUGUUAACUUUAAUAUGCUUUCCGCAUCGUGGAGUCCUCGACGGGCGACGUGUGUCCAGCUCUGUUGCGCCGAGGAAGCAGAGAGUCGAGGCGUAAAUCGGAGCAGUUUUUUUCAACGACGACCGGCUGUUAAACGUUUACCGCGUUGUCGCCUCCAAGCCAUGUUUUGUCUCUCGAUCGUGUUCGUAUUAAUGUGAACCGUUGUCCAGUUUGUGUGUUUAAAGAGGAUGCAAAAGUCAAAAAUUGUCAGAUUUUUUUUCAUUGUGUAAAAACAAUAGUCAGUACAGUCUAACUCAGGCGUGUCCGACAUCUAAAUGCCCCCCAUUGCAUAUUCUAAACACAAAAUUCAACACUGACUGACACCACAAUGACAAACUACAGUUGAUCCCCGCUGUUACGUCAGAGACCACCCAAAAAUCAAGAGUCCAUAACAACACUCUAAUCAAGCCUGGGUUGUACUGCUGCAAUGCGGCACCGUCGUAUGCUACGCAAGGCCUCCUGCUAGCUUGACGACAAUUGCAAUAAAAGUGACUUAGAUUAGAUUCAGCUGUGAUAGAAUACAUAAAAUACAGGAUAUAGUUACUUGCCACUAAUGAAUGAUAAUGAACAAUGAUCCGUGACCCGUUAAAUGUGUGUUUUCGUUUUUUUUUCUGUGCAAUUCGCUUGCCAUGCCGCCGCAAAGUGUGAGCCUUGGCAGCCACGUAAUCGAUGCAAACAGUUAUUUGAAAAAAUCCACAAUUUGGGUGGCUGCCUGUCAAUUGAGAGGUGAUGCCUGGUCCCGUAGUCAAACCUCAGCUUUAAAAUAUCCGUACAUCUGCAGUAUUAUUACCUUAUUCUGGCACCAGCAGGAAGUAGAGGGUGGCGUGUAUUCUAAAUACAGUUUUUGACUUUAAUUAGCUACUCCAAAUUGUCCAUAGGUAUGAAUGUGAGUGUGAAUGGUUGUUUGUCUAUAUGUGCCCUGUGAUUGGCUGGCAACCAGUCCAGGGUGUACCCCGCCUCUUGCCCGAAGACAGCUGGGAUAGGCUCCAGCAUGCCCACGACCUCCGUGAGGAUAAGCAGUAUAGAAAAUGGAUGGAUGGACAUUAUUAGAGCUCUCUAGACAUUAAAUAACACCCCUAUAGGUCUACCCAAUAUGACAUACAAGACAUAAUAUAAUUUCACAUGUUAGCAUUGGGGAACUCUUUUUACUUCACGUUUUGAGCACUUCCUGUGGUGGCUAAUGUCUCAUCAAUGUAACAUUACUGGCACCUAGUGACCAGUGUAGGAGACUAUGACGUAUUAUCAUGUCUUCUUUGAAUGCAUCUUCUACAGCCCUCAUAAUUGUUAAUUACUUUAAACAUUUUAUGCUUGAAAAUGCUCAAUUUAAGCAAAAAAACUAUAAUUUCCUUUCAUAAGCAUUUUUUUUAAAAUAAUAGGCCGUAUUCAACCCCAAAACAGCGAUGAAUUAAUAUAUUUUUGAAAAUUAUAAAGGGAGGACGUGAAAUUUGGGUAAAAUGCAUCGUUUUUUUUUUUAAGGAAAAACAAAACAAAACAAAAAUGGCCUACUUUUGGAAAUCAAAAAUCGAAAUUGUUGUUAUAUGUGGGAUUGCAAAUGCUGAAUAGCGAAUAUGCGGGGGUCCACUGACAACACAACACUGAGUUACAUACAGUACCGCUCAAAAGUUUGGGAUCACAAGAAAAACAUGCAUUUCACAAACAUUUGUAUCCAUUUCACAAACAAUUAAAAUUAAUCAGAUGAUUUUAAAAGAAGGAUGUCCAUUUUUGCAUAGAGGCCUACUAUCAACAACUGUCAGUCCUCUGCAUCAAUCUCCUGGUAUGGCUGCUAAUCCAAGUUCAUCAUUUUAUAAGGCUAAUAGAUGAUUAGAAAAGCCAUCUAAAAAUCUAAACUAAAACUAAAAUCUCUUACCAUGCUGUUAACUACUCCCUUCAGAGAGCAGCACAAACUGGGUCUAACAAGGACAGAAAAACGAUGCGGCUUCAGGAUGCUGGACUUCAUAGCAGAACUACCAAGAAAAAGCCAUAUCUCAGACUGGACGAAAACAUUUCCAAGUCAUCCCAAACUUUGGAGCGGUAGUGUAUGUUUAAAUGCAAAACACAUUGAUUUUUGCAUGUAACCGAGUAAAUAAAACGCUACACUCACAUACUUCUUUUUUUCCAUAUGCAGUCUUUUGUCGUACAGGUUUAUACAUGGCUGCUGUCACUAGACUCAUUAACUAACAGCAAACCCUACCAGUGUUGCUUUCAUCCUUUAACAUUUAAUUGGUCUCAUUUCCUUGAUGAAAAAUCUGACAAUAUUUGAUUUUUUUUUCGUAACGACUGCCACUGUGUCAUCAUCUCCUUCUGGGGCUAGUCAGGAUCUUGAGAAGUGUCUUUCUCAAUAAGUUGCAUUUUACCAGGGCUGGAUCCUAGUUUGAGAGCAGCAUGUAUGCUUGAAUGUUAGUUUCUCACUGAUCUAAAAGGCCAGAGGAAAAAAAGACAAAAUGUACACGAACUUCAAUGUAGGACCUCCAACUUUUGUUAUCGCAUCAUAUCAGAAGGUUUUCAAGUUGUUAUGCGCUCCAAAACACUUGAAAGCAAGCGACUUUGGGCUACCUUUUUAUUAGAGAACAAAACCGAUUUUAAAAUAUGACGAGAUGAAACAAAGAAUUCCUCAGAUUCGCAAACGCUGUGCGUUUGUCAGACCUAUUUUGUAUUGUUUUAUAUGCAUCAGUCAACUAGGCAUUAAAGCAACUUACUGUAUAAAUUAUGCAGAGUUAUUUUCAUAUGUGACACAGUAUUAAAAAAAUAAAAGAGACAAGAGAAUUAAUACGAGUUGACCUCGGUCAAAAAUGCAAACCUUUGAAGUCCAUUUCUGCUCAGUAGUUUGUUCGGCAUUUGAAGUGUUUUUAUAUUUGUACAUUUGGGCAGUACAUUUUUGUACUUUUUUUAAUUUUCUUUUUAUUGUUAUUACUUCUUCUGAGAAUAACUGUGUACCAAUCUAAGUGCCUUUGGGUGCACAAGCUAUGUUUUUUGUUGUUUUUUUUAGCCUUCCCCAUAACACAAGUGACUGCUGCUUGCAUGCAAUAACCAGGGACUUUUUGACUCUGUACGCAACGUAUGAUUCCGAUGCUUCUUUUAAUCACAUUCAAAACCAAAUGGUCCUGGAAUCUGUGGAAAUGAAGACAUAUUAUGCAAAUUAGUAUUGACAUCCACAUGCUUCCAGCUGAAAUAAACAGAAACGGAACCCAAAAUCUGUACUGCAGCCUUAAAGAAAUAAAAGGGAUCUAUGCUACUUCUUAUAAGCAAUGUAUUUUGCGUGUGUAUAAUUUUACAAGUAACCAAUGCCUUAUUAUUAUUAUAAUUAUUAUUAUUAUUAUUGUCAUUCCUGCAAUGUAUGAAGUCAUACCUUUCGAAAAAGGGCUUUUGUAUAGGAAAAUGUGACAAAUAAAUGUUUUUACCUCUCAA